GUGAGCAGCCUGCCGGGGGCGUCGGCGCCGCCGCCGGAUGAGGCGGCGGGCCACGAGGAGGCGCUGGCGCCUGGCUGCUACCCCGACCCAUCGCUCACGCUGGAGGCGCUGGCAUAUGACGGCCACCGCGGCCCGUCGCUCAGCAUGGAGUGCCCCUCGCUCGAGACGCUCCUGCAGGAGAUGCAGAACGCCGUGGCGGCGGCGGACAUCAAGCUGGAGAGGCUGGAGAGAUUCGAGGAUGACUCUGUGCGCAGCAGGCCCACGAGCACACCGCGCUCUCGGGGCGACGGCUCCAGGCCUCCAGAGCCGCCCACGCCGCUGCCCAGCGCCCGCUCGGCGUCGCCGCGGCGCCCAGAG